UGCAGGCAGCGGCUGGCUAUCGGGGGAGCAGCUGGUCGAGGGCCUCGAGCGCCGCUGCAGCUCGGAAACUGCGCGCUACGCUAGAUCCCCUGUUGGCUUUGCUUGGAACGGGUUCUUCCCGGCUUCGCGCAGAGGAUCGGCUGGAGGGUAGCCGCCGCCUCCUCCCCAACCCUCCCCUUUCCUGACGGUUGCCGGAGAACAAACCCGCCUGCUGCCGCCGCCUUGCUUGCUGCUGCUGCGGCCGCCGGUGAAGAACUGAUCAUGAAGGAACAAGAGGAGAGGGGAGAGCAGAAGCAGCGCGGGAGAAAAUCGCUGCUCCUUCCCGCCAGCUCCUUCUCGGGGGUGUGGAGCUCUGGACUGGGGGACCAGAUUACAAACUCCCCCCGUGAAGGGGUGACAAGGCUGCCAACCGACUCAAGUUUCAGUUUACUGUUUUGGGGUGAAUCGGUGGAGGCAGAGGUGGGGGGAAAGGAAGUCGGAGGCCCCCAUCUCAGAAGAGUGAGAAAAGAAUAGCAGAUCUCACCCGGGUUCUUCUCCAGCAUCUACUGUCAUUGGCCAUGAAGAGAAAACAGAAAAGAUUUCUGCAAAUGACGUUAUUGUUCAUAGUGACUCUGAUUUUCCUGCCGAACAUUGGACUCUGGUCUCUGUACAGGGAGAAACACCUGGUGAAAUCCUCGGAGCUGGGAGAGCAGCAGACAUACCCAAUGGGGCUUGGAGAUGGACAGCUCUAUACCUGGACAGAUGGCUUGAAACGAAAGGACUGGCAUGAUCAUGAAAGUAUUCAAAAAGAUGCCAUGCGUUCAGGGAAAGGUGAACAGGGAAAGCCAUACCCUCUUGCAGAAGAAGAUAAUGAUGAUUCUGCUUAUCGAGAAAAUGGUUUCAAUAUUUUUGUGAGCAACAACAUAGCCUUGGAGCGAGCACUGCCAGACAUUCGACAUCCUAACUGUAAGCACAAGGUAUACUUGGAGAAGCUUCCAAAUACUAGUAUAAUUAUCCCAUUUCAUAAUGAAGGCUGGACUUCACUGUUGCGAACCAUACACAGCAUUAUCAACAGGACUCCAGAUAGCCUGAUCGCAGAAAUCAUUCUCGUGGAUGACUUUAGUGACAGAGAACACUUGAAAGAGAAGUUGGAGGAAUAUAUGGCACGCUUUGUCAAAGUGAGGAUUGUGCGCACCAAGAAACGCGAAGGGCUGAUUCGCACCAGACUGCUUGGAGCAUCAAUAGCUAAAGGAGAAGUUCUAACCUUCCUGGACUCCCAUUGUGAAGUCAAUGUGAACUGGUUGCCUCCUUUACUUAACCAGAUUGCGCUAAACCACAAAACCAUUGUGUGUCCCAUGAUCGAUGUCAUUGACCACAAUCACUUUGGGUACGAGGCACAAGCGGGGGAUGCCAUGCGUGGAGCCUUUGACUGGGAGAUGUACUACAAAAGAAUACCAAUUCCACCGGAGCUCCAGAGGACUGAUCCCAGUGACCCUUUUGAAUCCCCUGUAAUGGCUGGCGGUCUCUUUGCUGUUAACAGAAAGUGGUUUUGGGAACUUGGCGGUUAUGAUCCAGGUUUAGAAAUCUGGGGUGGGGAGCAGUAUGAAAUUUCCUUCAAGGUCUGGAUGUGUGGAGGUGGCAUGUUUGAUGUUCCAUGUUCUAGAGUUGGGCACAUCUACAGGAAAUAUGUCCCUUACAAAGUCCCGUCUGGCACCAGCCUAGCAAGAAACCUGAAGCGUGUGGCAGAAACCUGGAUGGAUGAGUUUGCGGAAUACGUGUACCAGCGGCGCCCUGAAUACAGGCAUCUCUCUACCGGUGAUAUCUCAGUCCAGAAGGAGCUUCGCAAGCAUCUUAAGUGCAAGGACUUCAGGUGGUUCAUGGCUGCAGUGGCUUGGGAUGUCCCUAAAUAUUUUCCUCCAGUGGAGCCCCCACCUGCUUCAUGGGGAGAGAUCCGAAAUGUAGCAGCAAACCUCUGCGUGGACAGUAAGCAUGGAGGCACAGGGACGGAGCUGAGGCUGGAUAUAUGUGUGAAGGAUGGCUCUGAACGGACGUGGUCACAUGAGCAGCUCUUCACCUUUGGUUGGAGAGAAGACAUCCGUCCAGGAGAGCCUCUUCACACCAGGAAAUUCUGCUUCGACGCUGUUUCACACAGUAGCCCUGUCACACUUUAUGACUGUCAUGGUAUGAAGGGCAACCAGCACUGGAGCUAUAGAAAGGACAAAACUUUGUUCCAUCCGGUGAGCAGCAGCUGCAUAGAUUGCAACCCGGCAGAGAAGAAGAUGUUCAUGAACAGAUGUGAUCCUUUAUCUGAAACUCAACAGUGGAUCUUUGAGCAUAUUAAUAUGACUGUUUUAGAAAAAUUUAACAGCAAAAUCAGCUCUUAGGGAGAAGGAAACAGACUGUUCUGUACAGAUUGCAAACAACGCUUCAGCCAGCAUAUGGGUUGAAGGAGUCUGAAAUUAAGUUUCCUAGAUCCAGGAAAUCUGUGCUGAAGAAUAAAUAAAUGCCAGGGCAGACGCUCAGGCAGUCAUCGCGGAUGGACAAUAUCUGAAGAACUUGGCCCAGAACCUCACCAGCUGCUGCUGAGGCCUUCUGGAUGACAGUUCCCUUGCUGGUCAAGGGGAAACUUUAUUUAAAAAAAAUGUUUCCAAACACUCCGUGUUAAUAAAGCUAAACAGAGUUUUAGAGUUUCUCAGGUCAAACCCUGCUAUAGUGAGUAGCUAUGAAUAGUUGCUAUUACUUAUGGGGGGAAUAUAUGGAGUGCAUGAGUGCUAUGGGAAUCUACAGAUACCACAGGCAUAGAACUAACAACACUUGGGGGAUAUGAUCAGUGUCCCAGACUUGUGAACAAGAUGUAUGGUCAGGUUCCGUUUCGUUCCCUUAGUCCAAGUCAGAUUUAAGAAGGAUCAUUAAAUUAAAGGGUUGUUGCAGAUCAUUUUAACACACUCCCCACUACAUUCCUUUCACUGUGGAAAUGGAAUGGUUAAACAAUGUAAGAGUACUUUUAGAGCUGCAUUUUGAAUGAAGCAUGAACAUUACUGGAAGGUGUCAGUCUACCAUUUCUCUUCUGCAGUUGAAGAAAUACUAAUUUCCAUCAAAUACAAUUUCCAUCUAUUUUACACAGUGUUGCUGAACAAUCAUCUGCAGUUAUUUGUAUUGAGUCAUCACUAAUCGGAUGAGCCAUAAAUAACAUGGUGGCCACAUCCUCCUCCAUCAUUAAAAAUGGAAUAUGUUACUUAUAAGAGCAAUGCAAAGUUUGCAGAAAGGAUUUCCUCUCUGAAGUCUACAUUUCUUUCCGGGCACCCUUGAUCGCAAGACUUUGAAGUAGAUUUAGAUCAAUACAAUCAUCUACAGAAGAAGCGCCUGACAACAUGGGUUUGUGGCCAGCCAAGCCUGGAUAUAUUACCUUGAUCUAAAGCAGGCCUGCUCAACAAGCCCCCCAGCUGUUUUUGGACUACAACUCCCAGUGACAGUGGCCAGGAUUAUGGGAGUUGUAGGCCAACAUCUACAGGAGGACUGAAGUUGAGCAGCCCUAAUCUAAUGGAUGGUGGCUUCUACCAGCAUUUACAGUAUAUACCCCUGCAGGGGUAGGAAUUGGAGAAUAAAUAGACAGAGGCAAUUGUGGCAUUUCUGUGAAACCCGUUGAGCAUUCUGGGGCAUAGUGAACGAAACCUUAGUCCACAGCAUUGGUUUCAGUUCAUCCUGUUAUAAUCCUGUUGUUGUUUAGCACAUCAGACCGGAGCUUUUCGAGUCUCUUGUAGGAUCAGCCUUAAGGUAACACUCUCCUGAGAAACAGCCUGCUUUUAACCAAGUUUCACAGGCAACAAAAUCACAUGGUGUAGCUCCAGAGGCGUAACUAUAGGGGGGGCAGGGGGGGGCACGUGCCCCGGGCACCAUCUUUUCUGGUCACAUGGGGGGCGCCGACAUGACAAUUUUUAAAAAUUAUUUUUUAAUUUUUUGUUAAUACAAAUGUUUCCUGCUCAGUGCAGCAGCGCUGCAGCAGUCAAGGGAGCAAGUAGGCAGCCCAUCCCCCACGAGCGGUCCCUUCCGCGCCGCCCAUGCCCCCCCCCCAUUGCUUUGCUGGCGCCUGGCGGCCAGUCAGUGGCCUGGCUUGGCGGCGGCGGCAGGCGCUUGUGAGGAAAAACCUAAGUAUAAUGUAGCAUGUUGUGGCGCGGGGGGGCGCCAUUUCAGUGCUUGCCCUGGGCGCCAUUUUCCCUAGUUACGCCUCUGUGUAGCUCUUGCCGUACUAUGGCACUUCAGCCUGCAAGUGAGGGAAUCACAGUGUUGGAAUACCCUGUAUUUAAAAUAACAACCACCACUUGCCGAUGUAAAAUGAAUGUUGAGAUAUUUUAUGUUGAGAUACUCUACAUUUUCCCCCUAUUUGCGUUCAGCAUUCAAACCUGCAACCAGAACUGGUACCAAAGACCUGCACCAUGUGAUUUUUGGUGCUUGCGUUGGCUGGCUCUUAGCUGCUUGUUCUCUUUAGGCAUUUGUUCUUUUGUGUGAUGUGUUUGUAUGUGUGGUCAGAAGCACGAUGCAAAAAAGUGUUGCAGCACAGGAAAUGCAAUCUGAAGCUCCCCUAAGAUUCAGGAAAAUUCAAAGUUGGGAAUGAAAAAUGGUUCCGAUUGCAAACCAGAUUGUACAGCUGAAACGUAUUUUCAGCUUUUAGUUGCUUCCAUUCAAUCCAGAAUAUUCUUGCUUGGAGAGUUUUUGUUGGAGUGCCUCUCUGGAGCCUCUCUGACUGUGAGAAAAUGGAAAUGAAUUGGUUUUGGAGUUUCUAUUCUUCUUCCUUAGAAGAAAUGAAUGAGUAGACAAAUAUGAGAUUUCUAAAGCACACGCCUGACUGUACUUGAAAUCUGAAACUAAAUGUCAAAGGUGCAGAGGUUGCAUGCUUUUGCAAACUUUUGCAUGUAGUGUAUUGCGUAAGAACGUUCAUAUUGCAGGGAUUGGUACACACACACAUCUGCUUAUGGCAGCUGCCUUUUCUGUUCAUUGCAGCUCAUUUGAUUCAUUCACUAUGAGCAGUCCAUGCUAUAGUAUUUUGUCCACAGAAGCAGAUUGCAGUAGAAUGCAAAACAGCAGAUUCUCCUUGUAACAAAUGAAUCAGACAGCUAGCUCUCUGUGAGCAGGAUGUGACCAGGCAGAAGAAAAGCAUCUAUCACUAGCAUGGAGGGUACAGAAUCUAGUUCAGGGGUGACUAGAACAUAGGUUGAGCUACUGGUAGAUCGCUGGGUGAUCUGUAAUAGAUCAGCAAGGAUUUCUGACUCUGGGUGCCUUCACACUGAACAGCAGUCUGGCAGAGCUGCCGGUUCCUUAAGCACUUGCACGAGCCCAACUUCUAGUAUCAGGAAAGAUAAGCCAACAUUCGGCACGAUGUGCAAUAUUUCAUGUCACAUAUUUUAUCAGUGUCGGCAUAUUUUAUCCUAUUUGCAGUACAGAACCCAACAUCCAUAAUUUUUGUUUGAAGUGAGGGACAGAUGUUGGGUUCUGUCCCACAAAUUGGGUAAAAUAUGCCAACUCUGGUGAGUCUGCACAUCACACUUAAUGUCACACCUUUGCAUGUCACACUUUGCACAUCACACCUAACACUGAAAGUUGGGCUUGCAUGCUCAGGGACCCAGUGGCUUGGCCGAACCUCUGGUUCACCAUGAUUCCUGAACCUAUCCUGUGGUGUUUCUGUUUUAACAAUAGAAACAAAAAGACUUUCCCUCCAAGCUUGUCUUUUUGUAUCCCUGAUCUGUAGGAACUCAGUUGUAGAUUUGUAGUUGUAUAUGGAGAUCAUCCCUAUGUAUGUGUCAUGGGAUUCUGAAGGUGAUCAGCUCUGCAUCCUAAGCCACUAUUUUGCCCCAAAGGUUGGUGUACUCAGGGUUCUAGCUAAAGUAGAUCCCACAAGCCUGAAUUCUGCCCAUGCAGCUAGGCUACUGAACAACGUAGAAGGGUAAUAUGACAACAAAAGCAUUCAGAUGCAUGUGCUAGAAAGUUAAUCUUUUGUGCUGAUCUCCUGUGAAUUAGACUAUUCCAGCAAGAAUAGCUUUAUUUCACCCAUGAGACAUAUUUGAUGUAUUAGGCUGCAAUCCUUCACACAGAAUCCUUGAGUUUCAUGGAAGUUAAUAGGAGUUAAACAGCUUAACUGUGUACAGGAUUGACAAACCCUGAAUAAAUCUUAGUCACUCGUGGCAUUAAAUAACAUCUUAACACAGAACCUUUAAAAAGGGUCAGAUUUUCAAAGCAGCAAAUCCGAGCUUUACUCUCUCAGUGGCUGCAGAAAAUGUCCAGAUCCUUCCUCAAAUGUGUUUAUAAUGGGACAUAAUGGGAGUUAAACAAGCCACAGUAUCAGAGGGCUUACACUCAUAUUUCAGCUUCCUGUUUAUCCACUGCUUCAGAUCAAAAACACAGAAAAAGAUCUCCAGUUGAACGUAGCAUAAGGGAUUUGUAGUCGGACAUGGCUGAAGGGAGCUGUUACUAGUCGAAGCCCUAGAUAAAGCUGGUGGGGGGGGAUCAAAAUCUUAAGGAAGAAAUAUACCAUCCUUGGCCCCUAGGGGUUACUGCUGAACUAGCAGAGUUUUAUAAAACCAAACAUGACCUUCAUAGAAUUGCACAGAUUUUUACUAUCAAACUACAUAUUUUGUGAUCAAAAUCUUACGCUCAAACUACAUAUUAUGUUAAGCAUAUUUCCCCCUGCUGUCUUUUUAAAAAUAGAAGCGGCAGGGCCAACUUGGGAUCAGGAUUCAAGACCACAGCGUGGAAAUGAUUUUUAAUCCUUUACCCCAUGGCCAUGUUCGCAAUGAAAUCCUAUCACCAAAGCUGCUGUUUGCCCUGCAGAGGAAGCGACUGUUAGCACCAAUAGCAGUUCCCUUCCAAGGCAACAGCAGCUUCAGGAGGGGGAUUUUAUAAGGAUUGUGGAGCAGCAGGAAGAAGUCAAUGGCGGGCAGGGGGGAGAGACCAUGUAACGGAAGAUGUGCUUUGACCCUUAGCUUUAAAACAAUUGCACUUUCCUCACAAUCCAAUGCAACAUAGUUGGCAUGCUAAGGGAUACUGUCUUCAGUGAACUUCAGCUAGCUUAACUCUGGGUUGGACCUUGGCCAACUCAUCUCUUGAUUUUUAGAACGGGUGUUCGACAGAGCACAACACUCCUCCAUUUUUAAAAUAAUGAUGUCUGAGUAUAAUUACAUGCUCUGGAAAUAGAUUUAAAUAUUUUAAAUUUUAUACACCCCCUAGAGAUGUACAUAUCAGGCGGUAUAGAAAUAUGAUAAAAGAAAGAAAGAUAAAAAGAAAGAAACAGACAGAAGUAGUGCAUCAUCUAUAACUCUUAUUUCAUAUAUGUCUAUCAUCUCUCCAUACAGGUCAGCAUGAUACAUAGCAUGGAAGUUGAGUAUUAUUGAAAACCUACAUUAAGCCAGAUAAAGCCCUUUAGUUAAGUAUGAAUUAACAUAGGGAAUAGCCUUAUACUGAGUCAGGUGAUUGGUCCACCUAGCUUGGUAUUGGUUAAACUGCGAGGCAACAGCUCUCCCUAGUUCCCUGCAGCAGUCUUUCUCACCCUACCUGGAGAUGUCUGGGAUUGAACCUGAGACCUGCCAUGUGCAAAGCUGAUGGUCUACCACUGAGCUAUGUCCCCAUCACCAUAUGAUGAGAAAUUGAGAUUUCUUUUUGAUGGAGAUAUUCUAUCCUGCAAUAAAGUGUGUUAAUUUAUUUUCAGUCAGGCCGUAGGAAUAGCUCUUAAUUUGGGCAGGUGAUUGGCAUGGUGAAGUAGUGGUCCUGGUCAUGACAUUGCAACCAGGUUUCCAUUCUUAGUAGUGGUGAACUGGUUUUUAGAAAGGCUGGAUUGUUCUAAAGACAAUUCUGUCAGCACUGGAUCUUGUGUAAUGCUUAGAUGCCUGAAUAGGGGAUUGCAAUUCACACAUCAGUGCUCAGUUUAUAGAUGGGAUACUCUUUAAAUCUGUGAAAUGAGUGUUUACUCUUCAGAAUUGUUCUUGGUGUUAAAAAUGGUGCUCUUAAAAUAGAUAGGCAGGCCGCAAUAAGAUUGCCAUUGAUUUCUCUGACAUGUUGACACCUUAACAAUGGUUGUAUACUAGCUCAGUGAAAUGAAUAUGGUGUUAUCAGUCUAUUAUACAGUGGAGAGGUAUCUCCUUGCAAUAGACACCAGGGUUGCUUUAUCUUUACUGGGAGUCUUAGCAGCAGCAGCCCAAGGUUAAUGAGCAAAACAAAGAAUGCUUACCUGUUCCUCCUGUUCCUCCUGAGUAAGAUGUUGAAAGGCAGUGUUGGGUCUUUUUACUUGCAUACUUCAUGUUGUCCUCCUUAAGCAGAAAAUACCCAUGUCAACUGCUGUGCAUCUGUUUCCAAGGGCACACAGCAAACAUCAAAACAAAAUAUUUUUUAAAAAAUAAGUAAUUUCUGUAGGCUGCAGAAUGAAAAGUGUCACUUCUAAACAGUAAAGAUGAAAAUUGAACUACAGCUACUUUGUUUUGUAGUGCCAGUAUUAUAUCUCUCUUAUACCUAGACUAGUGAAGGCCUUGGCAGAAAGAUUGGAUCUCACUUGUCUAGCAGGUGUCCAAGGAUAUUUUACACCGGCUUGUACAGUACGUAGAACAUCUGUUGUCAUUUUUUAAAGCUCCCCUUCAAAGCAGAAUUAUAAACUUUGUAAAUGAGACUUUUCUUUCCACAGUUAAGCUAAAGUAUGAAAAUAAACUGUCAUAGUACAGUGAGGUGAGCACAGUACUUGAGAAUUUGGAUAUUUUGACUUAACUGGUGGAUUAGACUGUGAAAAGGUAAGCUCUGUUCAAACUGGUGAUGAGAGAGACUGCAAAUAGUGGUGCAGGCUUGACAAGAAGAUGACAGCUUCUAGUUGCUGGGGUGCCUCAUCUAUGCCAAACAUUAUUUCUGUAGGAGUCUUACAGGAAGAACAUUGGGUUGGAUCUAAAGGUGUCUUCCACUCAUAGAAAGGCUGCUUUACACCUCACAAUAGAGUGUUGCAUGCAGAAAGAGAAAUGUCCAAAUUCUUCUCUUUUCACAACAGUUGGUACAACUUUUCUGUAAGCAGAAGCAUGAAAACUGCUAUAGAACCUACCUGUUUUUGCACUGGGCAAACUCUUGCACAAGCUCUGGUACAAGGUUCCAGACUUGUCAUUUGUAGAGUGAUACGUCCACAAGUGCUAUCGUUUUAUUUGUUGGAUAAUACUAGUGACUAUUGUUCUUUGGUUCCAGCCAUAUAUCUAAGUUUAAAAGAUAUAAUCCAGAGAAAGCUAAGUGUUCUUAAAUCUCACUCAUGUCCAUAGGAUUAGGCCAGGAUAAAAGAACUACUUUAGGUGUGCUGAUGGAUUUGGUGUGAUCAGUGCGAUAGCUGACUAAUAUACAUCCCCCCCCCCAACUGGGAGAUCCUAAUGUCAUUAUUAUUAUUAUUAUUAUUAUCAUUAUUAUUAUUUCAAUUUCUAUACUGCCCUUCCAAAAAUGGCUCAGGGCGGUUUACAUAGAGAAAUAAUAAAUAAAGCCCUGUCCCCAAAGGGCUCACAUUCUAAAAAGAAACACAAGAUACACACCAGCAAUAGUCACUGGAGGUACUGUGCUGGGGGUGGAUAGGGCCAGUUACUCUCCCCCUGCUAAACACAUAUGAUUUUGAAUUCCCCUCAGUUUAAGACAGUUGCCAUACAGCUUGGUAUACUAGUGUUCAAGAAGUGAGUCCAAACCCCUUAGGCACACAGAACUAAUUGUGUGAUUCUUUGGAUCUAUGCCAUCAGAUUUCUAUUUGGAUUACUAAAGUGUUUAAUGUUUUCUAUAUGGAUUGCACACUGCAUCUACAUCAGAGAUCGAUACAAGUUUAGCUGAUGGUGUUAUUUAAAUUAUGUUUAAUAGUCAUUCUGAAAGUUUGUAAAAUAGCAAAAUGUUCGUGAUUUCAUGUCAUCGCCAUCUGCAAUUCAUCUGUGUUUGCAAAUUACAGGAAGACAACUACAAAGAACAGCAAAUUGCAUAGAAGAAAGUUUCAUCUUAAGACAAACCAAAAGACAUCCCUGGUGCUUCCAAACCUCUGUAUUGUUGAGAGGGCAAUGUGAAAAGGGGGAUAAUUUGCUACUACACUAUGAUGUCCAUAUUUGGGGGGGUUCCUUGUUCUCUGUGUUAACAAUAUAAAGUUAUACCCACACAAGAGUAGUCCUUUUCAAAUAUUCUGUGGCAGCAUUGUCUAUCCACAGAAGGAAUUCUGAGUUGAACACAUUGAUGAUGACCUAAUUGUGAUCUUCACUGAGGUCAUUGGCUUUUAUAAAAGAGUUCUUCUUGUAUGGUGUCUUGUUCUUCUUGUAUGGUGGCUACCAGAUCACACAGGUGCCUCACUAUGGAGGUAAGAAAGCACAGUUGCAUUCCCUAAUGCUUACUAGUUACUUAAUGAUACAGCAAGGAGAGUAACGGAGUAAUCGGUUGGAUGUCAAAAGAAACAAAAGGAUUUAAAGCAAUAAGACACUAUGGCUUCUGAGCAGAGGCAACAUGGCUGACAUAAACUAAGUUUAUUUAUUACAUUUCUAGACUGCCCCAUCCAAAGGCUCUGGGCGGUGCACAAGAAGUUUACAAAACAUAAAAAACAAACACAAUUUUUAAAUAUAAAAGUUAAUCUUUUAUAUUUCUGUCUUUAAAAUGUGUUUAUCAGGUCAAGGUGCAAGCCACCAGGCUCUGUUGAACUGCAUCUUCCAGUCAUUUCCUGUUGAAAAAACUGCCACUUCCAUCCUACUGAAAUGAAGAGGCUGUGGAAUAAGAGGAUUUGACAAACUGCACCACUGCACCUUUUGAUGCUACUAUUAGCCCCACUUUAUAAGUGCAACAUAGCAGCAAGGUUGCUGCUGCCUGAAACUCAACUGCCUGAAGACAGCUUCUGCAUGUGGCCACUUGUUUGUGUUAUACAGCUUUCCACAUUAUUUCAGCCAUGUCGCUGGAAAAAAGCAUAUUUCAUGGGAGUAAAUACCUCCCAUGAAAGGAGCUAAGGCCAAAUGCUGUCCAUGGGGAGCUGCUUCUGCAGAGGUGUUUCACGCAUCAACUGCAACUCUAUUUGCAGGCAUAAAUUGGUGCUGGUGAAUCUUUGUGAGGGUGCUAGAAGAUAGGGACUAACAUGCAGAGCAAGGGCACAUCAGUGCAGCAAGAGAGCAGCUUAACAGAACUCAACUAGCUGCAGCAGGGAAGCAGCCAUUUUUGACGAUCUAUUCUUUCCCAGGAAGCCCUCUGUGCCACCUAAAAACAUGUCCCUGAGGGCUGUGCAACCUUCAGGGACAUAAUUUUGGGUAGCACAGAGGACUUCUGGAAGAAGGGGAGGUUUCCCAAACAUUUAUGCUUCUCCUUUUCACCAGUUUAGCUAGUUGGGAAGUUCUGUUAGGCUGCUUUCUCACUACACCAGUGCAUACUUGCUCUGUAUGUCAGCCAGAGUCUAAGAAAGUCAAGGCCAAACUACACAUGCAUGCAAAUGCAUUUUACAGAGGUGUGUUGCCAACCAGAAGGACCUGGUUUUUGGUCAAAGACAGCCACAAAAGCGGGUAAACCUCGCCACACUUCACAUGUGCAACAUAGCACCAGGGCUAUAUUGCUUCUGUCUGAAACCCAGCUGCCUGGAUGUAGGAGGACAUUGCACUCAUGCAAAGGUGUUCCAUUUGCUAAUUGCACUAAGCGAACUUUUGAACAUGGAGGGAGACAUUCAGUAUUUUUCCUGUGCCCUGUUUUCUUGCAGAAAAUCCUCCCCCACCCCAUGCAUUCCCCCCUGCAGCUGAUUUUGACAGAGAGAGAGAGAGAGAGAAAAGAGAGAGAGAGCCUUCUAGUUGGAAGCACACCUCUAUAGCACACUUUUACUUCUGCAUGUAGUUUGGCUCUCAGUGUGAUAGAAAAGGAUGCCAUAAUUAGUGGGUCCCGGAGGAUGGGAGAAGUGAUUGGAAGAGCACUGCUCAUCCACUCAAGCCUGCCUAAUGCUACAUUUUUUUAGAAGCAAGGAGGGUGGUUUUUCACUUAAUGUUUUCAAAAUCUGAAUGUUUCUCCUAAGAGUAAAAAUUUUUAAAUUUUUUAAAAUCUGAUUUCUCUAAGUGGUUGGUUACACAUAACAAAUAUUAAAUAUUAACUUAAAUGGGUUGUGUGAUUCAAUGCAAUUCAGAGCAAAGUAUUUGCUUUCCCAAAAUAACUCAAAGUUCACACAUAUCCUACUGGUCCCAGGGAAAUGGCUGUACUUAAGAAUUAGGCUCUGAAUUGCACCUCAGCACGGUCUCCCUCCCUCAUUAUGGUGCUGUAGUAAUCAAGCUACUGAUACCAAUUGGGGUCUGCUGCCAUAAUACCAUUAGAAGGAAUUGUUCAGCAGUUUGGUCUUCAGAAACAAUGAGGGUCUGUACAUAGCCUCAAUCAUCUCUGUCCUGAAUGGAAACUUGUAUGAAAUGUGUGUGGCUAUGGUUCUAACAUGCUACGCAAAGCAGCACAGAAAAAGGAGGCAGCAAAGCAGCCAGGGUUUGUGAAUCACAGAAAAUAUAUUAUAUUAUAUUAUAUUAUUUAUUUAUUAUUAAAACUUUUAUACCGAAAAAGGCUCAGGGCGGUUUACAUUAAAACACCAUUAAAAUCAGUUAAUAAUUAAAACAAAAAUUAUAAAGCAUAAAACAAUGAUUAACAAUUUAAAAAAUCAUAAAACAACAAUUAAAUAAUCAGAACAAUUUAAAAACAAGUUCUAAAAAGCUGAGAAAACCUGGUUGAAGAGAUGUGUUUUCAGGUGUUUUCUGAAGAUUGCCAGAGAUGGGGAGGAUCGUAUCUCAGCAGGGAGCGCAUUCCACAAUCUCGAGGCAGCAGCCGAGAAGGCCCGUCUCUGUGUUGCCAACAAACGAGUUCGCGGCAGCUGGAGACGGACCUCCUCAAGUGACCUCAACGGCCUGUGGGGCUCAUAGCGAAGAAGACACUCUCUUAAAUUAUUAAAUAAUUAUUAAAUUAUUUAAAAUAUUAGAAGAGUUAACUUCCUAGAUUUCCAUUACUUGAAUUUAGAAAGCUUUUUCUUCUUUGUCCAUUAUAUAAUAUGCAGGGAAACACCAAUAACUCAUACUUUCCAGCAGACUUUUUUGAGAAAGGAAAAAACGACACAAUGGCCAAUAUCCAGAGCAACUACCUGCAGGCAGGCAGGAUGUGCAAGCACAAAGUUCUUCCACUAGUGUUGUGCAACUGCUGCAUGCUUCAUUUGUUUUAACUGGCACUUUUGUGAAAAAGCACUAUAACACAAGUGUAGGGGGUGUGCAUGUAACCAGUUUGGCCAGUUUGGUUCGACUCCAAACUUGAUUGAAACCAACCCUGUCCAGUUCCGUGUCUGCCCAUACUAGGUCCGGUCCAGUACAACCAUCAAACCAGGGUGAUAUGGUUCAGGGGAUAUACUUGUAAAGGGAAAUCUGGUGAGGAUUCCCCUUAACAAGUACAGGGGGUAGGGGACCCUUUCAGGGGUAAGGGACAACCAGGCGAGGGUGAUGAGUGAGUAAGUAAGCUGCUUACCAGGCUGGCAUGGCUGCCAGUGCUGCUGCUCUUCCAGAGGUCCUGAGCAGCACACACACCCUCUUUUUCCAAGCUGCUGGCUGCUUGGGACCACCAGGAGGACAAGCAGCAGUGCCAGCUGCCGCACCAGCACACUUACUCACUCACCAUCACCACCUGGCACCUUUAUCAUGCUGAACUGGGCCUGGUUUGAUUCAUUCAUUCGAACCCCGGUUCUAUCUGCAAUCAAACCAACAAACUGGCCUGGUUUGAGGUUAACCAGUUUGGCACGAGUCAUUUGUGCACACCCCUACACAAGAACACUCUUGUGCAAAUCCCAAUUUUUUUGUGCAACUAAGCCAUCCUCUUGCACUAGUGUAACAGUGCUCAUGCAUUGCUUGCUCUGGAUGUCAGCCAGUUACAAUGUCUUAUGGUAUAAUGGGAAAUCAAGCCAUGGUGGCGAUUCCACUUCAUUCUCCAGAAGCAUUGUAGAUCAUGAUAAGUCAAUCAUUCUUUCUUGAAUGAAAGUGAACAAGUUUAGAAAGAAAGCUAUUUAGAUGCCACUAUUUCUAAUGGUGGAUUCAAUUAACUGGUCAGCUAUGUGAAGAGAGGGCCACGUGGAGAACAAGUGAUAUGUAUGGACUCACCACACAACCUACAUGCUUCAGCAUUUCCACUGAAAACUAUCCCUCUCUUUGAAGGGCACAAUCACAUGGCAGUCGCUAAUGCUCAUGGUUCAGUGCUGUGACAUACAAUUGAAACUGCAGCAAAUGUCUUUGAAAAGGGCAGGUUUCACCUGGGACAUCCCUAUCUGGACUGUGGACACCCUUGCAUUGUACAGCCCACAAUCGGUCCUGUAGUUAGUCCCAUCAGCAAGGUGGGUGGGCAAGGGGAACCAGUUUGGGCAGAAGGUCACUGUGCAUAUGAACUGCAGGGGAUCGGCUCCAAUUCAUGAGCACAUUCCGUCCCUAUAAUAACCACGGUGCAGAUCCACAGGUAAAAAGAGAAGGUAAAGUUGAUAGUGAAGUGGGAGAGCUAAUGAGAAAAUGCUAGAAGGUUAGAUCUGGAUAGAAGGGAUGUAAAUGCUGAAGUAAAACUAGAGGCAAUGAGAGUCAACAGUUGGGAGGAAAUCUAAUCUUGCACGUAGUUCAUCUUUAAAGUUAAGAAUUAAGCCAAUGUAGUCAUAUCAAAAAUAGUUGUAUCAAAACAGGAAAGGAUUAUAGCUCAAGGAGAAAGCACAUGCUUUGCUUGCUGAAAGUCCUACCUUCAAUCCCUGGUGUCUCUAGUUAAAAAGGAUCUCGGAUCGUAGUGCUGCUGGGGAACAACUCUGCCUAAGUCCCUUGGAGAACUGUUACCAGUCAGAAUAGAAAUGAUUGCGCAAAGUUGACCAAUGAUUUGCCCCAGCAUAAAUAGCUUCAUAAGCUGAAAUCAAGGGAACAGCAUCAGACAAAUGUACAAUGCGCAUUGUUGGUUUACCUGGACUGGGGUUCAGGCUGCCCUCAAGCAAAAGGAACAGCUCAAUUUUCUCUGUAUCAAAAUCAUUGGGUCAACUCUUAUUACAAUAAUUUGUUCUAUCCUAUUUUAUGAUAUGGAAAAUGUUAUUUUAAUGACUGUGUGUGUUAAAAGUAUUUAAAUGUUUUUUAAUAGACCUUGUAAUGCAAAAUACAAGAACAUACGUACCUGUGGCUGGCUGGUGAGCAGGCUUAGAUGUCAUGCAAAUAAUGUACGUAGAAACUCUGAUCAAUGAAUGGUUGCAUCAAAAUAACAUUUUAACGACUAGCUUAAUGGAUUAACUAAGAGCACAUGCCUGCAUUUGAGUAUACUGAAUUCCCUGAAAUACAGAAUAAAAAUCAUGUCCCUCUUCUUUUUUUCUUUAUAUCAAACUGCAUUAAGAUAAAGGGGAAAUAUGGAAAAUGUUCAAGAAUCGUUUGCAAGAUAUCCUUUGAAUUAAUAAAUACCUCUCCAAAACCA